AGCUAUUCUACUGUCCUAGCAGACGACAAUCCAACUCACUACCGACUGAGCUAUUCCACUGUCCUAGCAGACGAUAAUCCAACUCACUACCGACUGAACUAUUCUACUGUCCUAGCAGACGACAAUCCAACUCGCUUCCGACUGAGCUAUUCUACUGUCCUAGCAGAUGACAAUCCAACUCACUACCGAAUGAGCUAUUCUACUGUCCUAGCAGACGACAAUCCAACUCGCUACCGACUGAGCUAUUCUACUGUCCUAGCAGACGACAAUCCAACUCGCUUCCGACUGAGCUAUUCCACUGUCCUGGCACACGACAAUCCAACUCGCUACCGACUGAGCUAUUCCACUGUCCUAGCACACGACAAUCCAACUCGCUUCCGACUGAGCUAUUCCACAGUCCUAGCAGACGACAAUCCAACUCGCUACCAACUGGGCUAUUCCACUGUCCUAGCAGACGACAAUCCAACUCGCUUCCGACUGAGCUAUUCCACUGUCCUGGCACACGACAAUCCAACUCGCUACCGACUGAGCUAUUCCACUGUCCUAGCACACGACAAUCCAACUCGCUUCCGACUGAGCUAUUCCACAGUCCUAGCAGACGACAAUCCAACUCGCUACCAACUGGGCUAUUCCACUGUCCUAGCAGACGACAAUCCAACUCGCUACCGACUGAGCUAUUCUACUGUCCUGGCACACGACAAUCCAACUCGCUACCGACUGUGCUAUUCCGCUGUCCUAACAGAUGACAAUCCAACUCACUACAGACUGAGCUAUUCCACUCAGAGUAAUCAUGGUCAAUAG